CGCAGCUUAGCUCGUCCGAAGUUCUUGACUUCUACAAUGUCCUCCUCUAGUUCUCCGAGACAUGUCGCCAUCAUCGGCAUGGGGCUUGUUGGAUGCCUCGCAGCCCUCGGGCUCGCGAAGCGCUUUUCCUGGGAGGUAGACAUCUACGAAUCACGAAGCUCGACGUCGCAGGCCAUUGAUGACAACAAGACGAUUAACCUCGCUCUGAGCAACCGGGGACUCCGAUCGUUCGAAGAGAUCGACCCUCGUCUUGCCGCCGAGCUCGUGCGCCAGAGCGUUCCACUUUACGGUCGGACGAUACACAAAUCCGACGGCAAGACCGAGUUCCAAGCCUACGGUCCGCGCGGAGAGGCGAUUUAUUCUGUCAACCGACUUACGAUGAUAGCUCUCUUGAAAGAAGCUAUUGACGCGUGCCCGCUGAUCACGACGCACUACAGUCGCAAACUUCUCAAGUCAGACGGACGUAACCUCGUAUUCGAGGAUCCUGCAACAGGCGAACGCACCUCCGCCUCCGCCGACCUCGUCAUCGGCGCGGACGGAGCAUAUUCCACAGUCAGAGAGCAGAUGCGCAGAGUUAUCAAAAUGGACCUGACCACUCGGUGGGCACCCUUGUCAUACAUGAAGAUCGAGGUUCCGCCCAUGGUCCGCCCGGACGGGAACACCGACCACGCGUUCGACCCCACCACGCUGCACGUCUGGCCCCGCAAGGACUUCCUGCUGAUCGCGCCGAGCAACCCGGACAAGACGUUCACAUGCGUCCUGUGGGCGCCGGAGUCGCUCCUGGAGGGCCUUCGGGACAAAGAGGCAGCGACGCAUUUCCUUCAGGAACAGUUCCCAUCAUUCGUGGCAGCUACUUGCUCCGCCGAUGUAGUCAAGCAAGUGACCACGGGCCCUAUUGUACCAAUGAGCUCAACAAAGUGUUUCCCCAUGAACGACGCCGACAGAAUCUUGAUUGGUGACGCUGCCCACGCAAUCGUUCCUUACCUCGGCCACGGAGCGAACGUGGGUUUCGAGGAUGUCCGAAUCCUCCUAGAAUGCCUCGAGCGCGAGGUCGACCAGGUCUCCGCACUGGACGCCUACUCAAGGAUCCGUCGCGAUGACCUCGAGGCUAUUGAAGCCAUCUCCUGGGGUCACAAUAAGGAACUUGGCCAGUCAGUGCUGGAGAUAAGUUACCGCAUUCGAAAGAGCCUCGACUUCUUCCUCGCACGCCUCUUCCCAGGACGCUGGGCGCCGCUCUACGCCGCGGUCACCUUUGAAGCAGGCACACCCUACUCCAAGGUAAUCGAGCGGCAUCAGCGACAACAGCGGAUCAUCAGAACUCUUACGUGGUUCGUGUCUACAUUACUCCUCUUGACGCUAUGGAGGGUGUUGGGCCAGCCCGGGUUGGUGACGUUCUUGCAUUUAUUCAUGCUUGACCAAGCUUUUUGCUCAGCUUGAAGUGGGUUCUUUUGGGCAUGGUGACGGGAUGAUUGCUGUUCAUAGACUAGCAUAGGACUUGGAAUAUCACAUUCGUCUUU